GAGAUCCUUGCAGUACCAGUCGGAGGAGCUGGAAAAAAGUGGUGGGCUCAUUUCCAUCGAGAUGCAUGAGCGUAUCCUCCACGACCAGACCGAGUUCUACGACAAGGCUCUGCACGCUCUGGACGAUCUGGAGCGGAGCUGCAUGGAUCGGACGCAGGAUUGCAUCGCGGCUUCCUUCUGCAGUGAGCCCGAGUCCCAGGUGGGCCUGCUCCGAGGGAAAAUCGCGGCGGAGGCAUGUGCCACGGCCACGAUGGAGCAGGACGCCGAGCUUCUUGAGGAGCAGAUCCGUGUCCUUUCGCAGAAGCUCGAGGCAUCGGCGUCACAGAUUGCACAGCUCAAGGAUGUGCUGUUGGUGGAGAGGAGCUCCCGUGAUGCCUUUCGCAGCUCUUUGGGCCACGUGGCAGAACCAGGCAGCAGCUGUGGUGCCCCCGAAGUGGCACCUGAGGACUCAGCCGACUUGCCUACCCUGCGAGCGGUGCUGAGUUCGCGGCACCAGGAGAUUGCAGAGCUGGAAGCCAAGAUGAUCGAAGCUCAAGAUGAGGAGCUGCGGUUACGGAAGAAGUUGCCAUUGCUGGAGGCACAGGCAAAAGACUCCGCGGCGCAGGCGGAGGCGGCUGCCGGAUGCCUCGGAACACUUCGCCGUAAGGUGGAUGAGGCCGCAGCUCAGACUGCAUGGAGGUGGCAACAGCUGCCGCGGCUGCAGCGCGCCCUCCUGGAGCUCGUGGACACGCAGCGCGACAUCUUGGGCAACCUCAGGUCCCAGGCCAUAGAUGGCUUGAACUUCGAUGCGCUCUGCAUGGACCUACCGCAUUUUCCGCCUGGAGACAGUGCGGUUCGCAGCCCGGACCAUUCCCAAGUCCAUGCGCGGGGUCGGGAGCUGAAAACAGAGCUCCAAGCUUCUCGAGGUGCUUUGAGGUCUGCGAUGACUUCCCUUCGUGCACUGGAGCCGAGCUUUGAAGCAGAAGUCCGCAGAGCUGGUCAGGUUGUGGAAAUCCUCUGCGCGUCUUUGCCGCCAGACCUUCCGGACUCUGUCCAGAGUUUGUUGGACAAAGCCCAGCUGCAAGCGGUUGGCAGGGAAGAGGUGCCUUCUCAGAUCCUGGAAGCCUUAGUGGCGGAGCUACGGGCGUCCUUGCAAGCUGGCAGGGGCGUGAAGGAACGGGAAGCCGUGCAGGCGGCAGCGGCAGGUUUCCGUGCAGCACAAACAAAGCAGAAACCCAACCGACUGGAGCUCUCGGCGCUGCAAGGGCGCUCGGCGACUGCUGCGGCACAGGUGGCAGAUCUGUCUGCUAGACUCUACACUCUGGGCCGCGACAUGUGCGACGCGGAGACGGACUCCAGCGAGCAGGUUUUGAAGGCAGAGGCCGAGCUCUUUGAGCUUUGCCGGCAAACCGAGGAUGCCGGGGUGGAGCAGAGGAAAGCCACCGAGUCGGCUGCACAGCUUCGAAAGGCGCUCGAAGCCCAGAUCUCCACCACAACAGCUGCCAUCCAUGGUGCUGCCGAGGAGGCCAAAGAGUCCCUCCAACGAGCCGUUGCCGAAGCUUCUGCUGAGACCGAAGCGCUCAGUGAGAUGCUUCCUUCCGAAAUCACCCGCGUGGAGGAGGCAUGCGCUCAGCAAGUUCGCGCCAAGGCGGCCGAUCUCCAGGCGGAGGCUUCGCGGUGCCGCAGUCUCUGGCGGCUCAAGUUGGAGGAGUUGGCCGGCCAGCAGCACGACCUAGAGACGCGGCAGUCGGAAAGCUCCGGGUGCUGGGCCGAAGCGGCGGACGAGGCCCAGAAGGAGUUGGAGGAGGUUUGGAAGAGCUUGGCCACCGCGCGGAAGGAGAUCCAAGCUAUCCGGGAGGUGCGGGGCAGCUGCGAGAAGGCGACAGAGACACACCGCGAUCGCUUGUGGGACCUCGAGCAGACGGCCACCGACGUGAGGGAGCGCCGCGCGGUGGAGCUGAGACGGGAGGAGAUGGAGUUACAACAGCAGCUGCGCGGCUACGCCGAGCGCACUCAGGAGCUGGAGACCCAGAUCCGCCACGAGGAGGAGGACCAGCAGCAGACCUGGCGGGAAGAGGCCCGGGCUCUGGCCGCCGAGCUCACGCCAGAGCUGGACGAG